AAAAUUGUUCUAUUAUAAAAAGACCCUUCUCAAGGAGAACAUCGUGUUGUUCGUGAUCCCUUACAAACGUACCCCAAUCAAAUCUAACCAUGUCUGGCCGUGGAAAGGGAGGAAAGGUAAAGGGAAAGGCAAAGUCCCGUUCCAACCGUGCCGGUCUUCAGUUCCCCGUUGGCCGUAUUCAUCGUCUCCUGCGCAAGGGUAACUAUGCCGAGCGCGUCGGUGCCGGAGCACCCGUGUAUCUGGCAGCCGUCAUGGAAUACUUGGCCGCUGAAGUGCUUGAGUUGGCCGGAAACGCUGCCCGUGACAACAAGAAGACGCGCAUCAUCCCGCGUCAUCUGCAGCUGGCCAUCCGCAACGACGAGGAGUUGAACAAGCUGCUGUCCGGAGUAACCAUCGCUCAGGGUGGUGUGCUGCCCAACAUUCAGGCCGUGCUGCUGCCCAAGAAGACCGAAAAGAAGGCUUAAACGGUGUGACAAAGCUUCCUUCAUCUCAAACCCAAAACCGUCCUUUUCAGGGCGACAAAUUACUUUGCCAAAGACAUUUUAUUCGAUUUAUGCUGUUAUGGGAGAACCAGAAGGAAAAAAAUCCAGAUAUAUCAAGAACCGUGCUUGAAACUGUGUACAAAAUGUAAAUGAAAAAAUGUGCCGUCCUUUGGCACAAAAAGCAUCCCUUAAUAUUUUCAAUUCUGUAACCUCUCGCUACGAAUUCUACAAAAUGCAGCAUAUCAUAAGCGAUGCAUAAGAUUUUCCAGGUAGCUUGUUCAAGAGGGUUGGUUUUACCAUAUAAAUACAACCAGUGAUACCUG